GCCAUGCGUCGUCGCUCUCUCCAUGUCCUGGGCAUGAUGAGCCUCGCAGCGUCGACGACCGCCUCGUGCUUCGAGAGUGGGCGCUGCUACCUCUACGAAGGCGUGCCCCUCGGUGUCGCCGCGUGCGACCUCGCGUCCGCGCAGUGCCCGCCCUGCGUGCAAGAGUACCUCGGGAACCUCUGGUGCAGCCGCGCAUAUCCCGCAGUGCAGUGCCUGCCAGGCUUCGAGUACUGCCCCGUGGUGCCAAAGCCGAACACGCCAUCGCCCCAGCCCCAGCCAACGUCGCCGUCGACGCCACCUCCGAUACCGCCAUCCUCGUCGCCGACGACGACAACGAGGGCUCCGACCCAAGGACCAACACCGUCGCCAGCGACACCCGCCCCAACACUGCCGCCAACGACACCACCGCCUGCAACUCGGUCACCGACGCCGACACCGACACCGACGCCGUCGCCGACUUUGGAACCAACGACCACACCGCCGCCGGCAACAACGACGCCCGCGCCGACACCGAAUGCAACGAGCCCAAAUGUGACGGAAACGGUCGAUGCGCAGGAUCCGUCGCUUGCAGGCACAGAGGAAGCACGGACGGAGCCGGUGACACGCCCACCAGCAGUCAUGACCGACAAGACGGAGAGUGCGUCGUCGCGCACCGAGUCGGCGUCGCUACCCGGCACCUCGGUGCACUCUACCUCCGGGAAAGGGUCGUCAUCGAUCUCAAUCACGGCCAUCGCAGCCGGUGUUGGCGCUUGCACGGUCUUCAUCUUUGUCGUGAUCGUGGUCCGAUUCCGUCGGCGGCAGGAUUGGGAGACCCGCAGUGUGCUCUCGCCGUCCAAGGUGCUCUUCAGCAUCCGAGGCACUCUGCCUGGGACGUUCAUGCGCGGCGAGACGCCCGUCCUCGACGCUCGGUCGUCGCCAUUUCACUCGGUCACGCCCGUGAUGGAGUCGUCGUCACGGCAGUUGCCGAUUCUACAGCACCAGUCAUGAGCUGCGAAAGGAUCAUGCCGUAUUUAACCCCACUUGUUUCCGUCGUCCUACUUCGUUCCAAGUACUCUAGACGCCACUCGUACACCCAC